GGCAGGGGGCGGUAGUGCCUCACAUUGAGCACUCAGCGUGGCUCAGUCUCAUGUCCGUGUUUACAAGCGAAGCGUGACGUUCACGGACUCACAAGAAUACGUCUCCUAGCGCAACUAAAGGCUACUAAUUGCCUUGAGAGACGUCCAACAUGCAGUCACUGAAAGCUUUUCUCAGCGAGAGGCUGACUGCGGCGGCGGAGGAGAUAUUUGGAGCUGUUGAAAAGACAAUAGCCGAGUACAAAGAGGAAAUUUCUCGUUCAAAAGAUUUAGAAAUCAGUCGCCUCGGGAUGCAGCUGAAGCUUCUCAAGUCAGCCUUUGUCUUUUACCCAGAUCCCCGGUUGGAUAGAUGCCUUGGAGCCCAGCUGCAGCAGUACACCCAUCACCACCAUCCCCCUACUCCUCCUCUUCCUCAGCAGCAGCACCAUCAGUCAGUCCCUGCAGUGGAGGCUCCUGAGUCCCAGCACUGUGAAGAGGAUGGGGGCAGCAGCAUGGAGCAAGAGCAUCCAGAGCCCUCACAGGUCAAGAAGGAGCCGCAGAAGAGCCACAGGGAUUUCUGGAUUGCUCACGAGGCAGAGCAGCUCGAAAGCCUCGAAUCAGACAUCAAAGACUUCAUCACAUCUCCUUCCAGUCUGAGAAGCAGCCUGCAGGACCCCACCUUACCCUUCCACCACAACCAUCACCACAACAACGGCGAGGAGAGCAAAGAGAAGCCCUACUGCUGCUCUAUUUGUGAAAAGCGUUUCAUUAACUGCUCCCACCUCACAGCUCACAUCAGGACACACACAGGAGAGAGGCCAUACAGAUGUGAGAUAUGCAGAAAGACUUUUAUCACAACAAGCGCUCUGAACAGACACCAGACAAUCCACACUGAAGGGAAACACUUUGUCUGUAAUUGUUGUGGUAAAUCCUUCAAGUGGAUGGAGUCUCUUGGCAGGCACAUGAGAAGUGUGCAUAAGAGAGAGAAUGUGCCUGUAUGACUCUUAUUGACAUCACUCCAGUAGUCCAGUAGAUUAAUGUUGUUACUGUACGUUAAUCAUCUGUCAUUUAAGUAUAAAACACCAAAUAGGUGUGAACAAAGAAUGUAAUAUCUGUUUUCUAUGUUUGGUUUUGUGUUGGUAACUGUGCAUGGACCUCAUUAAGCCUUGUGUACAUAAGCAGCAGCUGCAGGAAAUGAUGUGCAAAUGAACUGUUAAAAGACAGCUGGGCGACAUUGUUUUAUAUAUAAAUUAUGGUAAAUGUAUUCUUACAGAAUAAAAUGUUAAUACUCUAAA